AUCUCAGGUUUCUCAUUAGUUGUCAAAAGAUUGUAUCAGAGUUCGUCGCAGUUUCUAAUUCUCAAUAAUAAUACGAAAUAAUAAUAAAACCAUUCACAGCUGAAACGUUUCUGUUAAACCAUAUUAUUACGCUAAAGGAUCUGCAUCGGCAAAUUAAUAUUGGUAGCGAAACUAUGGUGGAUUUUAUGUUAAUCCAAAGAGUUGCUGUUUUAUUUUCGCCUAACCACACGAAUUUCAUCACAACAAAGACAUGGACCAAGACGAGCUAUUAGACACUUGUGAUUUGCACCAACGGACAAUAAUCCACAUCGACAUUGACUGUUUCUAUGCACAAGUGGAAGAGCUACGAAACCCACUGCUCCGUACAAAACCGUUGGGCAUUCAACAAAAAAACAUAAUCGUAACGUGUAACUAUAUUGCUAGACAAUUCGGUGUCCAUAAGCUAAUGCUGCUGAGUGAAGCAAAGAAAUUAUGCCCACAACUGACACUGGUCAACGGGGAAGAUUUGACAAAUUAUCGGAAAAUAUCGGCUCGUAUUUUUGAUAUACUGUUGAUGUUCACACCGUUUGUGGAAAAAUUGGGAAUGGACGAGAAUUGGCUGGAUGUGACGGAAGUUGUAAAUAAGAAACUGGAAGAAUUGGGUGACUGUACACCGAUACGAGAAGGAUUUAUUUAUCCGGAAGAUGCAUCGCUGGGAUCGUGUAGCUGUGGCUGCGAAAAGAGACUAAUACUGGGCACACAUCUGGCUAAAGAGAUUCGGAGUCGAUUGCACGAAGAAUUGGGCAUAACAUCAUGCGCUGGUAUAGCACACAAUAAAUUGAUGGCCAAACUAAUUGGAAGUAAAAAUAAACCAAACAAACAAACGGUUCUGGCGCCGAAAUUUUCACAAUCUGUGCUGAGCGAAAUGAAUUCAAUCCGUGACAUUACCGGCAUCGGAGAGAAAUUCGAAAAAAUGCUCAACGAAAUUGACGUCAAAAGUGUUCGCGAUUUACAGCUCAUCGAGUUGGACAAACUGAAACGGGUGUUUGGUUAUGAUCAGGCAACGAAGUUGAAAGAUUUCAGUUUCGGUAUUGACAAUACACUCGUGAAAACGUCGGGUAAACCAAAGAGCAUUAGUUUAGAGGAUGCGUGCAAAUCCAUCUCAUUACGUGCCGAAGUCGAAGAGAAAUUUCGCGUACUGGUAACGAGACUAGCGCUACUGAUCGCUGACGACGGACGUAUUCCGAUUUCAAUAAAAAUUAUUCUGCGAAAAUUCGAUGGGACGAAGCGUGUUAGUCAUCGCGAAACGAAACAGGCGAACAUCCAGCCUACAAUAUUUAAGGAGGUGGACGGUAAAAUUCAGCUAGUCGACGGCGGUCAACAGAUCUUAUUGGAUGUCGUGAUGAAAUUGUUCGAAAAGACAAUCGACAUGAAGAAGUCGUUCAACAUAACGUUGUUAGGAUUGGCGUUCACCAAAUUUCAGCAGCAAAAUAAGGGCGGCCGAAUCGCCAACUAUUUCAUCAAAAAGUCAGAUAUUGAAGUCCAGUCGAUAACCAGCUUUAGCAGCGAUGGUUAUUCGCCGAACGGCAGUAUGAUGGACACUCAUAAUCGUCACGGAAUGUCUCGAUUAUCUUCUUCGCCAAUGGGCAUGGAUCUGGAUGCAGCCUCGGAUACAACAUCCAUUGCAUCCUGUUCAUCAGACGUUUCCGAAUCGGAUCUGGAACCAUCACCAAAAAAGAAACGCGGAUUUCCAUUCGCUAAGCGUCGGUCCCACUUGAAUCCGAUCGACUGUUAUGACGCUUCACCCAGUAAAUUGUCCUGUCGAGUUGGCGAUCUACGAUUAAAUUCCCGUGAGUUCGAUUCGGUACCGUCGACCAGUACUCCAACUCAUAGUCCGUCAAUCGCCAAGCAAUUCAAUGCACAACCGAUAACCCCACCAACAUCGUCGACCCAGAACGAGCCAGUCGUUCUGUCGAAAGAGACAUUCAAAGAGUUGCCGUUGGACGUUCAACAGGAAUUGCUGGAAACGUGGUGUUUACCCAUUCCAAAAUCGUUGGCACAGGCAACGUCAACGCAAACCAGUGGCAAGGCCAAGAGCAACACAUUGCAUCGGUACUUCAUUGCGAACAAACAGACUUAAGAAAUUUUGAUACUCGCGCAUUUAAAGUGGAGAAGAAAAGAAAUUUAUAUUUAUAACGAAAACAUGGUGAGUGAAUUGAGGAUACGUUAAAAAUAAAAUAAAAAACCUUUUUUAUAAUGACAACAA